CACGGAAAUUACCGGAAAUUUGUGAUUGAGAUAAUCGGCAAGGUGUUCCGAGUGGCAGAAAUAUUUUACGCAGCCAUUUUUAUUUGAUUAAAGAAUUAUUUAACGCGCAAAACGACAAAAUAAACGCUGCUUAUGGUUCUCUCCGACUUACAGAAUCGGGAAAUGAAUGAAAUGGAAAAUCCUACAGUGUUUGAUAACCCAAUAUGGGAGACAGCGAGAAAGGCCCUUGAAGCAGUAUCCCCGAAGAAAGGUCAAAAUCAGCAAUCAGAUGCAAUGCAGAAUGGUGGUGGAGGUAACUUCUUAAAUGGUGGAGGAAUGCCACCCAGGCCAGAAAUGUCUCCACAAGAAAUGUACUAUCAGCAAUAUAACAACUUUAAGCAGAACCAGAACAUGCACAAUCAACCACCGUUUUUUGGUGGGAUGCAGCAAAACAACGGUCCACCUGGCAUGUGGUCAGGAGGAUUUGGUAGACCAGCUCAUUUUCAAGGACCACAUCCAGGACAUGAUGGACAGGAUCCAAGGGGAUUUAAUCCAAGGUUCAUGAACUCUAGGCCAAGAUUUCAGCAUGGAAAUAAUAUGGGUCAGCACCCUGGUGCUGGAGGAAUAAGAUUCAGCAUACCAAAAAGAAAUAAAAUGCAGCAAAAUGGAGGAAAUUUCAACAAUCAAGGUCCACCACCGAACUUUGAGAAUAAGCAGAGGUUCUACAGUCCUUCAGGUCCACGACCUCGGUUUCCAAAUAACAUGCCAAACCAGCCUGCUGUGCAAAACAUGCCACAAAAUAAACAACCUGAGAACAAUGAACAGUCAAAUGACCAAACAAAUAAGAAAGAGGGUGAUUUGGCAGAAAAAGCAGCUGGAGAAUGGCCACCAGCUCUCAAGAACUGGGUACAGAAGGCAUUUUCAAGUGUUAGAGAUGACCCAGACAAGGAUCGUAUGGAAGCUAUCUUAAAGGAGAAACUCACAGAUGCAUUCACUUCUGGAAAAGCUUUUACAACUAACUGGGAUGUAGAACCCCUUCCAUUUACACCAAAUAGCAGCAUGGUACAGGAUAGAGGUACACCGAAAACAAAAAGAAGUAGAUGGGAUCCCCAGCCAACAAGCAGUGCAACUAAAUCCCCUGAUAUGGGAAUGACACAAGCAGGGUCUGGAAGAGGUUUUAAUGCUCGUCAAAUGAACAUGCGUGGACAACGUGGCCGCUUUCAGCGUGGGCGAGGAACUCCAGGCCAGAGAGGCAGAGGUCGAAGAUCAUUUUCAAGGGGAAGGUCAUUCUCUAGGUCCAGAUCUAGAUCAAGAUCUUACUCUAGAUCCCCUUCUAGGUCAUACUCAAGAUCUAGGUCAAGGUCACCUGAACGUAGACGUAGAAGAAUGUCUUCACCUGGUAGACACAGGCGUAGGAGGUCAAGGUCACACAGUAGAAGCCGUAGCCGAAGUAGCUCAUUAUCAAGUCGUUCCUCAAGAGAUUACUACUCCCUUAAUGUAGAGCAUCCAAAAGGACGAGGCAAGUUUGGUCGUGGAAGGGGUCGUGGAAAGGAAGACAGAGGUAGAGGUAGGGGUACUCCUAGCAAAACUAGAAGAGGUUCAGGAGACCCAGCCAACGAAAACCUAGGGAAGAAGAAACAAAACAAACAACAGAACUUGAAAAACAAGUCACCUAAAGGAAAAAAAUUCCCCCAAUUUAAAGUUGAGAACAGUGAGGAAUCUUCAGAGAAGUUGAUGUCAAGAGCAAAGAGAUUUGGCAAUCAGUUGGACAAGUCUCAUCCUAAACAAAGGCUUAACUUUGCCGUGUCUUCAAUUAAUGCCACUAAUGAUUCGGAUGAGGAUAGCAACAUGGACUGGAGCAGUUAUCAUAUCAUAGGAACCUGUCAGGAUCUUGAAAAACAGUAUCUAAGAAUGUCAGGGCCUCCUGAUGCAAGCAAAAUCCGUCCUAAAGAAGUGCUAAAGAAAUCAUUGGUAAUGGUGAAAAAUGACUGGACCUCCAAAAUGGAUUACAGAUAUGCUUGUGAACAGAUGAAAACUAUAAGACAAGAUCUUACAGUUCAAGGUAUACAGGAUGAAUUCACGGUGGAAGUUUAUGAAACCCAUGCUAGAAUAGCUAUGGAGAAGGGGGAUCAUGAGGAAUACAAUCAAUGCCAGACACAGCUGAAGAACUUGUAUAAACAAGGACAUAGUGGUAACAGACAGGAAUUCACAGCUUACAGAAUACUUUACUAUAUCUACACUAGCAAUUUAGGUGAUUUAAAUACUGCAUUGACAGAUCUCAGUAAGGAGGAUAGAAAGGAUGAGUGUAUCAAACAUGCCCUCCAUGUAAGAUCAGCCUGGGCUUUAAGUAAUUACCAUAAGUUUUUCCAGCUAUAUCUUAAUGCCCCAAAAAUGGCUGGAUAUCUAAUGGACAAGUUUGUAGGGCGGGUUAGAAAGUCAGCUCUGAAGGCUGCUAUUAAAGCAUAUCGUCCAACUUUACCAGUAGAAUUCAUUGCGCCGGAAAUUGGCUUCUCUGAUCGCUCUGAAUGCCUGGAAUUUCUCAAAGAGAUGAAUGUCACCUUAUCUGGGGAUGAAAGUAAAAUUGACUGUAAAGCUAGUUUACCCGUCGUAAAUGCAUGGUAGCGUGUCUUGUUUGCCCGAAGUAGGAGAGUAAGAAAAAAAGUUAAGAGUCCGAUUGUAUAUGGUUUAAGGCUAGGAAGAUGCAGUAAAAGCUUGUCCUAUCGUCCUGUUAUUGUCAUUUAGUCUGGUAAGGUUAAAAUAAGGGGAGUUCUGAUACACAGGAGGUGCGAGUUGCAAGGUCACGUCCAGAGGUGAGAUGGUGAAGUCCAGCGUAGACAAGCCAAGCAUAUAAGCACGCGGAAUCCAAGUUGUACAAAAUUCUUCUGUCACCCAUUUAGGUUAAAGUUCUAUAAUGUUCUACAUAAGAUGUCGGGUUGGUCCUUGAUGGUUAAUAAUUGGUGAAGCACAUGGUCAAGUUCAAGAAUCAAUUUUUAAUCUGUAAGAAGAUAAAAAAUUAUAAGACAAUAAAAUUAAAAUUAUUAAUAAUCCAGAUGCUCAGCUUUAAUAAUGACCACAUCAGAGGAAGAAAAUGGGUUAAAAAUAAAUUUAAGAUUGACAUUUGAAAUCUUGAAGAAAAAGUAAUCUUAUGGUAAAAAGAAGAAAGUUUGAGGGAAAAGUUUUGAAUGAGUCUAAAGCUUGCUAUUUAUCUAAAGACUAUUCUUUAAAGCUGUCAUGUAAUCAACCAUCCUUUGUUGACAUUUUUAUAAAAGUCAUAAAAGAGUUACAUCAAAUACGGGCACCUACAUCGAUGACGGAAGAGGAUUUGCACUAGCCAUUAGCUGAAUUAGGAAGAUAGGUUUGUUUUACCAUUCAUUUGCUCAUAAGCUAUCUGGUCAAAGUAAAAAGGUCAACUAGAGAUGAGGGUUCAAGAAGAAGAUGCUGGUAGUUUGCUGAUUUAGUUAAAGUUGUCAAAUGGUUAAUAUCACAAGCAAGCUUUCUGUCCCGUAUGUGAAAUCCUAUGCAUUUGUAGCAUCACGCGACGGACAAAUUUUAUGUUUAAAGAAAUUGGUUGCUAUUUGAGUUCCUGGAAUGAAUAUCUAUUAUUUCUCCAAAUAUUUUCUAAAUGUUGCUGCUUUGGAAGAUUGCAUUAUCAUGCAAGAUGGACUUGCUUAAAUAUAUGAUGAACGGACUUCGUCAGGAUUAAUUAUUGCUACAGGAUUGCGUCUGCAAAUGGCAGGAGUUCUUCACUUCAACUGUCACAACUCUGAAGGCUGUUAAUGGGAAUCUUCAGUCACCGAAGCAUAAUUAUUACCAAGGGAAUAGGUGAAAAUGCCAUCGUCUGUCCUGUCCCAUUUCUUACCCAUGAUGCCAUGUCUUGGCAGUCUUUGCAGUUGCUUUCAUUUCAGAAUUAUUUUGCUGUCCAGUCUGGUAUUUCUACUUCGAUUCAAGUUUCCAGCGGCUACAAGAUGUGAAGAUGACCACCAACUACUAGAAACGGCUAGUUCACAGACAUCACCAUUCACUGAAACUUCCCGUCACAGAUUACCCUCAGGGUUUUUUGUGAUGGUGAGUUUUGGUGCAGCAGGAGAUGAUUGGAUUCCAAUGUCUACAAAUAUUACCACAAGUCUUUCAAACUUUUGUUAACUGUAUUAAAACAUAUGUAUAUACAUCAUUGACAAUGCUAUACUCUUUGUUGUUGAAGAAAGAUGUAGAUUCUACAUUGCUUAACAUGUUAUAUGUAUUCAUAAAUUUUGCAUGUGUUGUUCUGUUAAUUGGUUGUAAGUGUUUGUAAAUACUAAGAAUAGAUGUAGUUCUCAAUCGUACAAGUCACGAUGAAAUUAAACUGUUCUUUUUGAUAGCUAUAUUUAUUUGGUUUACAACUUAAUGACCAUGUUAACAUUUUCAAUAUGAUUUGUUAAAAUGCUACAUCUAUAUAUUUUGUUUUAAAUAAGGAUAUAUUCAGCUAGGUUUUGCUUCCCUGAGCAUUAAUUGUGCAGAGUUGAGCUUUUAUAAUCAGAUGAUUGUUAUCCAAAUUUUUAUAUGUCACUCGAACCAAUUUGAAAUACUUACUUAGGUAUUAUUCUUUGAUGAACCUUUACAAAGUUGUAAAAAAAAGGUUCCUUCUUAGUCACAGGAGUUGAAAAAAAAACCCACAACAGUUUUUGAGAAUCUGCAGGGUCUAGAACUUUAAAAUAUUUUGCAUAAAGCAUUGCCAAAAGGUCCUCUAUUUCAAUUACACGGACAUUUAUGAAAAGAAAAAAGCUUAAAAUUUUCUUCUCCAAAAUUAAGAGAGUCCCAUUUUCACGUUUUGAUUUUCUUUUCUAUUUUCCCAAGUGAAUGAUAAAGGCCAAAUUUGACCUUUUUGUUAAAUUUUGUUUAAAGUUUAAUUUAGUGAAAAUGAAUUAUGAAUAGCAUUUGCAUGUUUUAUUUAACUUAAGAAAAACUAUUUAUUUCAGAAAUGAAUUUUAUCUAAAUUCUACUGCUUCUCAAAAGAGAGCAUAACGUUAUCUAAAGUACUGUUAAAUAUCAAUCUGUGUGUCUUUUUGGCUAAUAAAGUUCUACAUUUGUUGUAUAUUUUUGUAAAGACAGAUUUUUAAAUAUUGAAGUUUUAUAUAUCACAGCGUAUCAUAUAGAAUGAUAAUGAGUACUUAGUGAGCUCAAUGAAGAUGAACCACGAUUUUACUGUGUGUGUGUGUGGGGGGGGUGGUAAUAUUGUAUUUGAUUGAUAUUUUGGUUUGGAUUGGAUUGGGAAAAAAUCUUAUUGAAGGUAAAUAUGUACUUUGUACAAAAUCAGUUUAGCAUCACAUACCUUAGGAUGUAAGGAACUAGCUUUCUUACCUAUUGCGGUAUUGUUUAUGGUUUGUAUUAUGCAUUUAAUGUAUUACUGUAAUAUAAGCAAAUCUGUAUCAUGUGUUAUCUUGCAAAAUACACAUAAUACUUUGAGAAAUUUGUGAAUUAGUGCUCAUGUUAAGAAAUUUGUCAGGAAUAAGAAAAAAGUAUUUACUUUUUCCAAAUUCUUAUGCUGUGGGUUACAUCAUGAUUUUUUUAGUAAACAUGUUAAAUUUACUUUAAAAUUGGUAAAUGAAGUUAAAUUGAUACAUAUUGGGGACAUGUGAUAUUGUAAUAUAUUGUAAUGUAUGUAAAUGGCUCAUAAAAUUACAAACAAUGUUAUUUUGGGAAUGCAAAUACAAACUAUGUCAUCUAUUAAUGUGUUAAUGGGGUAUAAAUUUUUUUCUGCAUUUAAUGUACCUACAGUCUUGAAAGUAGACUAUUCAUUUUGUCAAUAAAGUUAAAAUAUCUUUGCGAAAAUCCAAGCUGUAACUAUGAAUCUGUGUUUAAGUUUAUAAUUUGGUUAUUAUUUCGCCUGCUCAUGGCAGCUGAAUACUCACGUGACCAGUGCAGACCAAGAUCAGCUGUCUGAUAGUAGUCUGCCCUGUUCAUUUUGAAUCAGUAUAUAUUUUGAAAUUUUCUGUAAAAUUGUAUGAAAUUUUGUUCAGGUUGUAGGAUGGGAAAUUCAAUUAAAGAUAUUUAGCAUUAUAAGGCUAAAGUAUGGUGUAUAAAAUAGACUUACAUGACAUUGAAGAGAUGUUAUUUUUGUAAUUUUAUGAGCCAGCUCUAUCAUUUCAGGUAGUGUGUAGUUUAUUUUUCUUUCUCUAUCUCUUUACUUUGUUGAACAUAUAUUUUACAUGUGAAAAAUGAUAUAUGUGAUGUAAAAACUGUAAAAAAAAAGAAUUAAAAAAAGAAAGUAAAAAUCA